CCGGGGGGUUGUGUUUACCAAGCGCACGCUCAGCGUCACCCAUGUGAGUGCAGAGAUGGCGACGAGGGAUGGCGGCACGCUGGAAAGCUGUUUACAGUUAUUAAACAGCAACACGUCACACCCGGAGCUAUUUCUCAGUGUCCAGGAUGUUUUGGCAACAGACUUCAGAUCACUUACAAAGAUUCUUUAUGACCUGCAAAAAGCCCACGAGCCUGCAGACUGUAAAGGAAGCCCACUGGAGCAGCUGGUGGUUGAAAACUUCGACGAGGAGCAAAUUUGGCAGGAGCUGGAGCUUCAAAACAGCGCAUUACUGACACACUUUGAGCAGGCAGUCGAGCAGGCGGUCACUGAUGAUGCUAUAACAUUUCUGAAUGAUGAAGAUGAUGAUGUUGAAGAAGACGAAGAGGAGUUGGAGGAAGUUGAUGAUGAGGAAAUUGCUGAUAACUUGGAGCAAGGGAGUGCAGAGGAGGAGGACGAUGAAGAUGGAGAGGAGGAAACUACACAGAGGCUGAAACCUACAAGCAAUGGGGAAGAUGACUUCUCUGGCGAAGACUCCGAUUUGGACUUUGAUGUAGAUAAAUUUGAGAAACAAACCAAACAGAGACAGUCUGCUGCUGGCAAGUUAACAAAAUCUAAACCGAACUGGACUCAGUCUGAAGUGGAUGACACGUUUUUUAAACUGUCAGAAAUGGAGGCUUUUCUGGAUGACAUGGAUAAAAGAGAGGGAAAAGGGAAUGAAGGGGAGGAAAUUGAUUACUUUCAGGAUCUGCCGUCUGAUGAAGACGAUGAACUGAGCUUUGAUAAACCAGUCGUGAAGAAGAAACUUAAGAAUAAAAGCUCCAGAAAUAUGAAAUACAAAGAUUUCUUUGCACCUGUGGACGGAGAGCCUGACCCCAUUCCAGAUGAAGAAAAAGAGCUGGAAUCGAAUGAUGAUUAUGAGGGAGAAGAACAAGAUGAUGAUGAACUAGAGGAGGAAUAUGAAGAGGAUAUGAAUGAGGAGGAUUUUGAUAUGGAGAGGGAUGAUGAUGAUAUAGGUGACAAAGUGAGAGAUGGUUCACGCAGGGUGACCUUUGACCUUCCUGAUGACAGUGAGGGUGAAGAUGUAGAAGACAUUCUAGGUGGAAAAGCAAAAGAUGUGCCUAAACCUGAGUCUAAGUCAUCAUUUGAAAAGCGACAGGAAAAGAUGGUGAAGCAGAUUGAAGAGCUGGAAAAUGCUGCGUUGUCAGAGAAGCCGUGGCAGCUGUCAGGAGAGGUGACUGCUCAGACUCGACCAGAGAACAGCAUGCUGGAAGAGGACAUAGCCUUUGAUCAGGCCUCUCGAAUGGCUCCUGCAAUCACUGAGGAAACUACCUUACAACUUGAGGAUAUCAUCAAACAGAGAAUCAAAGAUCAGGUGUGGGAUGAUGUGGUCAGGAAAGAGAAGCCUAAAGAAGAGGUGUUUGAGUAUAAGAAGAGACUCACUCUGGAUCAUGAGAAGAGCAAACUGAGUCUGGCUGAGGUUUAUGAGCAGGAGUAUAUCAAGCAGACACAGGAAAAGAAGGAAGAGGAGGAGAACCCAGCACAUGUAGAAAUCCAGAAACUCAUGGACUCGCUUUUCCUCAAACUGGAUGCGCUAUCAAACUUCCACUUCACUCCAAAACCACAUGUUCCUGAAGUCAAAGUGGUUUCCAACUUGCCAACUAUUACUAUGGAGGAAGUGGCUCCGGUCAAUGUCAGUGAUGCCACUCUGCUGGCUCCAGAGGAGAUUAAGGAGAAGAAUAAGGCAGGAGACAUUCUCGGGGACACAGAGAAAACCACUACAGAUAAGAAACGAGAGAGACGGAAGAAGAAGAAAUUGAAGCGUCUGAAGAUUCACGAGCGAGAGAAGAGACAGAAACUCAAAGAGGCUGCAAGAGGAGGAGCAGAUGACGGCAAGAAAAAGAAGAGUAAAGCUGAAGUUGAACAGACCAUCAAGAAACUGACUAAAGGAGGAAAAGCCAAAGUGCUGACGAACGAUGGGAUGGAUAAGGCCUUGCGGUCUUCUCAGGCCUUCUUCUCUCAACUACAAGACCAAGUCCGAAGUCAAGUCAAGGGCUCAAAGGACCAGACGGGGAAGAAGAAGAAGAAACAAAAAGAGAUUUCUGUGAACAAACUCAAGCUGUAAUGUUAUAAACCUGUGUCAAAAGCAAUAUGUACAGUUUUAUGAGAAAUCUAAUGUUAUGACUUGUUGUUUUUAUUCAAAUACACACCUCUUUUACUGAUA